GGCUCCGCGAGCCUGAGUGAUUGAGCCCAGGGCGCCGUCGGCUGACUGGAGCGCGAGCGGAGGAUACCGAACUUGCAAAGUCGAACAGAAAACAGACUUCGCAGCACAUCGGUGUCCUGAGGAACUGCUCCGGAAAAGGCCACUCUGGUCCAAGAGCAUCACUGGACAGGGAGCUCCAGGACCAGCAGGAUGGGCUCAGGCUGUAUCAAAAUCACCAAAUACUUUCUUUUCCUCUUCAACUUGCUCUUCUUUAUCCUGGGUGCCGUGAUCCUGGGCUUUGGGGUAUGGAUCCUGGCCGACAAAAGCAGCUUCGUCGCCAUCCUGCAGGCCUCCAACUCGCUGAAUGUGGGGGCCUACAUCUUCAUCGCCGUGGGCGCCGUCACCAUGUUCAUGGGCUUCCUGGGCUGCAUCGGCGCCGUCAGGGAGGUCCGCUGCCUGCUGGGGCUGUACUUUACCUUCCUCCUCCUGAUCCUCAUCGCCCAGGUGGCUGCUGGGGUGACUUUCUACUUUAACAUGGGCGAGCUGAAGCAGGAGAUGGGUGACAUCGUAGGCCAACUCAUUCAGAGGUACCAGGAUGGUCAUGAGGACAACCUGCAGGAGACGUGGGACUACGUGCAGGCGCAGGUGAAGUGCUGCGGCUGGAGCAGCUUCCUGAACUGGACAGACAACACCGAGCUCAUGAGCCGCGCCAACAUCACCUUCCCCUGCUCCUGUGAGGAAAAGAACGUCAGCUUCCCGGUGGUGACCGGCUUCUGUGAGGUGCCCAGCAGUGGGCCCCAGAGCAGCAAUGACCCCAUGCAGUGGCCUGUGUACAAAGAGGGCUGCAUGGAGAAGGUGCAGCAGUGGUUGCAGGACAACCUUGGCAUCAUCCUGGGCGUGUGUUUGGGCAUCGCUGUCAUCGAGCUCCUGGGGAUGCUCCUGUCCAUCUGCUUGUGCCGGCGCAUCCACUCGGAAGACUACAGGAAGGUCCCCAGGAACUGAGGCAGCAGCUGUCCCCACUUCCCUGCCCGUACCCCCCGAUUCUGGGUCCCUGCGGCUCUCCCUGGCUCCCUUGUCGGGAUCUGCCUCCCACCUCCCUGCCAGGGCUCCUCACCCAUCCUGGCCGGACUGGACGUGGGGUGCGUUCUGGUGCCUUGGACCCUUUUCUCUGCCUUCCUGCUGCUCGUCGGCCCACUGCCCACUGGACUGGAUAGCCACUCAGAGAAAAUGCAGCACCCCUGGGCGGUGGGUCGGGGCUCUGCCUGCCGCCUGGGCUGCAUCUAUUGUGCGGGGAAAGUAUAGUAAAAACGAGGGUGGAGCAGGCCUGCUGCGCGGAACUGCCAGGGACUGCCCACUACAUGGGUCAGUGGUUUGGCCCCUCUGACGCUGAGAUCCUUGGUCUUCACAGUUUCUUGGAAGGGAGUGGGGAGGGGUGGUGACCUUGUGAGCAGCAGCUCUCCUUCCCAGCCUCACCCUGACAGCUCAGACCAGCCCGGCUGUGCAGUGGGUGUCAUGCAUGCCAAGGGAGGCUGUCUGCAGGCCGAUGCCCACAUUCACCCUGGGCAUCCUGGGCAUGGCACGAACUGACCUGGACUCCUCAGUGUCCAGGCUGUCCAUGGAGCUGGGAGGGCAGAGAGCUUUCUCGGGGGUGCAGCCAGACCGGCCUGUGCUAUACCCAUGGAGAGUGGGUGGAACAGUUCUAGAAACCACACCUGAUUCCGUGAUUGACUAUUAAAGAGAAUUUGUAACAAU